CGAGAGAGAGAGAGAAACAACAACAGCGUGGAGGAUGAUGUUUGCUGCUGCUGCUGUGGUGCGUGGUAGUGGUGUGUUGGCUGCUGGUGCAGCCACGCGUCAGGUGGCUGCCAGUGGCUCGCUGCCGGCGCUGGCGAGGGGGCUUCAUGUCUCUGCUGCUGCCCGUGCUGGCCCACCUCCUUUCCAGCCUGAAAAGGCUCCUCCAGGCCUUGGCGAGACAAAGGAGAUGAACCUGUUCACUGCCAUUAACGACGCCAUGGACCUUGCACUGGCGACAGACCCUACAUCAGUCCUCUUUGGCGAGGACGUUGCGUUUGGUGGCGUGUUCCGCUGCAGCGUCCACCUGCGUGAGAAGCACGGUAAGUCUGACGCUGUGAGCUGUGCGUGCGUGCGUGUGUGUGUGUGUGUGUGUGUGUGUGUGUGUGUGUGUGUGUGUGUGUGUGUGUGUGUGUGUAUUGUGAACGAGGCUGCCAAGUACCGCUUCCGCUCCGGCAACCAGUUUGACUGCGGCAAGCUGACCAUUCGCUCCCCAUAUGGGUGCGUUGGCCACGGUGCCCUGUACCACUCCCAGAGCCCCGAGGCGCUCUUUGCACACGUUCCCGGCCUCAAAGUCGUCAUCCCUCGCAGCCCUAUCCAAGCCAAGGGUCUGCUGCUCGCCAGCGUCAACGACGACAACCCGGUCAUCUUCUUCGAGCCAAAGUUCAUGUACCGCUCAGCCGUUGAGGAGGUUCCUGUUGAGCACUAUGAACUGCCGCUCGGGUCAGCAGAGGUCGUCAGGGAAGGCACGGAUGUGACGGUGGUUGGGUACGGUUCUCAGUUCCACAUUCUGCGGGCGGCGUGCGACAUGGCCAAGGAGAAGCUUGGCGUCUCGUGUGAGCUGAUUGAUCUCCGCACCAUCUACCCCUGGGACGAGCAAACCAUCACAGAGUCUGUGAAGAAGACGGGCCGCCUGGUGAUUGCGCACGAAGCGCCCGUCAGCAACGGCAUGGCCGGCGAGAUCGCCGCCACCGUCCAGGAGAAGUGCUUCCUGCAUCUUGAGGCGCCGGUGCGUCGCGUGUGCGGGUGGGACACGCCGUUCCCGCUCGUGUAUGAGCCGUACUACGUCCCAGACAAGUUCCGCUGCUUCGAGGCAAUCAAGAAGACAAUCGAGUACUGAUCUGAUCAUCUUGCAACCAACGCUUUGCGUGCAUGCACGCACGUGCACAUGUGUUGCUCUUGCAGCUCUGUACCGUUGUACUCUUCUCUGUUGGUGUUUCCUGAGUGAAUCCAUUGCUCCAUCAUUUCAGUUUCGUGCCAUCACUCACCUGCUGGCUUGCAAAGUUGUUUCGUUUUGAAGAGGAAGAAGAACACAACAAAACAGCAGAGCUGCGUGCGUGAGAUGCUUUGCAUGUGCGUGUGCGAGUGCGCGUGAUGCGCGCGUGUGUUUGCAUGUGCGCGUGUUUGCCACGUCAAGACCAUGAUUUCGGCUGUUUAUACGGCACACACGCACAAGCAAGAGCAUCAAACACGUGAGGAAUGAAACGCACAGAUGCAAAGCACACGAAGCUAGGUGGAGCAAGUAAGCUAUGAGGUCACAUACAAACAACAAAACAC